AUGGAACGCAAUCAAUUCGUAUGGCUGUGCAAAGAACUCUUUCAACGUUUGAUUUCCGUAAAAAUCAAAACGUAUGUAUUUUUUAUCGCAAUGGGUUUGGUAGAAUUCGGAAGUAUUCCACACUUGCAAAGCAUCGGCUUUUUUUGCGGGGAUCCCAAAAUAAGCUACAAAUACCAAGGCGAUACGGUGGAGUCUCAUGUGCUUAUACUAGUUACCCUCAUAGUUCCAUAUUUAGCCGCAAUGAUGACCGAAUACUGCACUAAAGAAAAAAACAAAUUUGAUUCCGAACGGUAUGAAUGGCUUAAAGAAUCGUUGAGGUGGUAUCGUCAAUAUAUCUUAGGACUGAUAUUCGUAUUUUUUAUAACAGACGUCGGCAAACUUCUGAUUGGUGAACCAAGGCCACAUUUUUUAGAUACUUGUCUUCCUAAAGAAGCCAAAAACUGCACUAAUAGGUAUAUUGAUCGUUAUACAUGUAUGAACGAAAAUGAAAGCACAUAUAUCAUACGAGAUGCCAGCAAGUCAUUUCCAUCGGGCCAUGCUUCCAUUUCAGUGUACGGAUCAAUAUCUUUAGCCUGGUAUCUACAUAACAAAUGCAAAUCGCGUUCGUUGCUGUUAAUGCCAGUCUUACAAGCGAUGUGCAUGCUCUGGGCCAUGUUCUGUUCCCUGACUAGAAUCACAGAUCACAGACAUCAUUGGUGGGACGUGUUGGCUGGUUCGAUAAUUGGAAUCAUGAUCUCCACUUACAUUAAUGGAUUGUUCGACAGACAAAAAAACGAUAACAAAUCGCAUUCGACCACUGAAACCUGGUCCAACGAGACGACGGACAACGGGUACUUCACUGCAGCAAGACUAUUAAACGUCGUCGCCGAUGGUAAAAAUCCAUCUCUGAAUUUGUAA